UAUUGGUCGUCACCGAGAGUCAACAAACUCAAAUCAUAUUGGGAUUGAACAUUUCCAAAGAGGGGACGGACAGACAUCGCAUCACGCUCUUUAUGAGGGACUUGACCAACACUGCAACGGACCACGAGGCGACGUCCUUUGUGGUGCCGGCUUUGACGGAUCGCUGGUCUCAGUUCUCGUUGAGCGUCAUCGACGACAUGGCCACGCUGUUCUUUAACUGUAGCACAUACACCAGUCAGUCGUUGAGUAGGCCGAAGGGUUGGAAGCUGACUAUUCCUUCUGAUGCAGCAGUGUUUAUAGGGAGUCAGGGAUUUAGACUGGAAGAGCAGAUGAAUUUCAUGGGUUCAAUUCAAACCUUGGAGAUAACUAACGGACGGCACGAGGCUGAGCUUCGAUGUGAGGAUGAAGACACUGGGGAGUCUUUCAAGCGACCCACCAUCGCCAAACGAGACACGUCUUCCUCAGAUGCUUUAAUAACAAACAAAGACAACGCCUCUCAAAAUGCUAAGCUAAAUGAAUUCUUCCCGUCUGGAAGUGCAGAUAGCGGUAGUGGCAUAUCAACAACAGAACACAGCAUAUCAUUCACUGAAGACCUGCCCGUAUCUACAAAUUUACCAUUCACAAAUAAAAUACCGACACCACCAAGGUUGCCAUCCACAACUCCCCUUGCCACCAAGGAGAGCGACAUAAAAUCAGGGCUAGAAUUUGAAUCAACCCUGAUACCGGUUAUUGUCAACGAUGAACCGAGAACGACCGCCGAAAACUCACAACUUUUUAGACCAACAAUGGUCAGUGCACCAUCGGGUAUGGAAACAGAAACACCGAAAACGGUUACCGAAACACUCACCGGAAUGGAAACACAACCAAGGACUGUCCCGCCUAUGGUUCAUCUAACGACCACUGAGUCUUCUGUUAAGCAGACAGCAUCGAUCACAACUGCUGCUCCUACCAGAAAGGUACCCUCAUCCCCCUCUGGAACAGAGACAGCUGUAGAGAUAAUUCCAGAAACGGCAAGUACGAUGAAAAUGGCCAAAACACCUUUGGUUCAUAUCAAAACCACUGAGCAUCCUGUAAAGGAGACCACAGCGAUGGUCACUCCUACCACAAAAGUGUCAUCGUCCCCCACUGGAAUGGAGACGGCUACAACGACCCCUCUGGACAUGCAGACAACUGCUUCUCCGAUUCCAGAACGCACUUUGCCAGCAGCAGUUCAAACUGAUGAACCAUCUUUAAUAGACCCUGUUACGUUACCACCAACGAGUACAGAGUCUAUGAUGACCACAUCUGUACCCAUGGUAACCGCAACAGCCAGAUCGAGCCAGACACUCCAACCUCCAGAAACGCCAACAGAUGGCCUAGGGACAGUAACGGUGUCUGCCUCGACACCAUUAGUCAAGGUUGUGCCAACCUCAACCCCAAGACCCUCCAAGCCUUCCCUUACCCCUAUCGUCCAGGUAAUCAGUGGUUCACCGGGGGUACCUGGCAUCAAUGGAGGACCUGGACCCAAAGGUGAACCAGGAACUGAUGGUGAUCUUGGUAUACCGGGACUUGACGGAGAUUCAGGACCUCCUGGUGUUGCAGGUAAAAAUGGAGAGAAAGGAGAGAAAGGAGAUUCUGGUCUCCGUGGAAUGAAGGGAGAGCUUGGUGAUCCAGGCCUCACUGGACCUGUGGGUCAAGACGGGUUACCGGGUGUGGCAGGUCCACUCGGUGAUCAGGGCUUACCAGGGAUGGAGGGUCCCACUGGGCCUGUUGGAUCCAAGGGACAGAAGGGAGAGGCAGGUGCAGAUGGAUCUUCUAAACUUCCAGAUCUUGAAAGCCUCCGUGGACAUAAGGGAGAAAAGGGUGAUGUUGGAAUGAAAGGAGACCAGGGUAUGCAGGGUGUUCAGGGCAACGACGGACAAGUAGGACCACAAGGUGAAACAGGAGAACAUGGUCAGAAGGGUGAACCUGGUGAAGGAUUACCGGGACUGGAAGGCCCUACGGGACCCAUUGGACCACAAGGACUGCCUGGUGACAUGGCAACAGCUAUUGAAAUCCCAAUAUUUGACUUCUUUGAUGAAGGCUCCGGGUAUGCUGACUUAAUGGGAAAGCGUGGUAAGAAGGGUGACGACGGUGACCCAGGUCCACAAGGGUUCACUGGGAUCCAAGGCCCCGUGGGUCCAGAGGGUCCUCCAGGUACCUUGGGGCUAGUCGGAGCUCCUGGUCCCCCAGGUAUGGCUGGUGUGCCUGGUAUACCCGGUAGACCGGGCAUUGUUGGUAGCAACUACACUGUUGUUGAAGGACCGCCAGGUAGAGACGGAUUCAAUGGUAGCCAAGGACCACCAGGGAUUCAAGGACCUGCUGGACCGACUGGGCCCUCUGGACAGGAUGGACUCCCUGGAAGGCGUGGAGAAAAAGGAGAAUCUGGACUGGACGGAAUCAAUGGAAUGAAGGGUGAUACAGGAAUGCAAGGACCGCCAGGCCCACCUGGCCCACCGGGAAAAGUAUACGUCAUGCCAACAGAAAUGUCAGCUUCCACUAUGCCGUUUAGUGGUGGAGACAUGGACACUGGAAGUGGUAACAUGCCUAUGCCAACGAAGUCGACCUUAAAAAAUGCUGAUGAGUUGGAGGUGAUCACAGGAGAUGCUGGAUCCCCAGGACCACCAGGGGCUCAGGGUGAGCAAGGCUUAGAAGGACCCCCUGGCGAGAGGGGACCUAAGGGUGACCCAGGAUCCAUUGGUCCUAAAGGACCACAGGGCCGUGUUGGCAAGCCAGGACCUCGAGGACUAAGGGGAGAUGACGGCAAAGACGGUGAACCUGGAUCUCAGGGGAAACAGGGUGUGAAGGGCGUUCCAGGUAUUGGAUUGGAGGGUCCAGCGGGUGAUCUUGGACCACAAGGACUCCCAGGAAUGCCAGGAGAACAGGGCAUUCAAGGACCACCGGGACCGCCAGGAGAAAUGCUUAUUGAUGUGGAUGGAUCCAUGGCAGAAAAGGGUGAGAGGGGACUACCAGGAGAUGAAGGCCCACCAGGCGCUCGAGGAUUUAAGGGGGAUGCUGGCUUGAACGGAAUUCCAGGUUUCCAUGGUGAGAAGGGUGAUGUUGGCCCAGCUGGGCCGAUCGGGCCGAUGGGUGUCGAAGGACCUCAAGGAAGUCAGGGAUUUACAGGGGAGCCUGGAGAACCUGGAUUCCCAGGAGUGGAUGGCUUGAAUGGUUUACCAGGACCAAGAGGGCCACAGGGAUUGAAGGGUGAGCCUUAUCUACCUGAUGAGACGGAGAUGAUUUUCUAUAAGGGUCAGCGAGGACCCAGGGGAGCGAGAGGACCUAAAGGUCACUUUGGCAUUCCAGGAAGACCGGGUAGCCAUGGUGACACAGGGCCAGCUGGAUUGUCCGGACCACCAGGAAUUGACGGCCGACCUGGUAUCGGAUUAAGAGGCGACAAGGGGGAUCAUGGUGAACGGGGUCAGAAAGGAGAGUCUGGUGCCGGAGGUCUUGGUCUUGGUCUAGGGGUAAAGGGUGAGAAAGGAGACAUGGGUGAGCCAGGACCUUCAGGGAAGGGAGGGUCCAAUGGACCUCAAGGACAACCAGGUUUUCCUGGUGUAGAUGGUUUGACAGGACCUCGUGGGUUGCCAGGUUCACAGGGACCAGAAGGAAGGCCUGGUGCCUCAGGUUUCCCUGGUGUUGAUGGACUUUCCGGGUCAGUGGGACCACAAGGACCAAAAGGAGAAAAGGGAGAUUCUUCUGUAUUCAACGGAGAGAUUAACAUCGGUCCGCCAGGUAUUCCUGGCAAACCGGGACCUGCUGGUGAGAGUAUUCCGGGUGAGCCAGGCCGUCCAGGUGAACCAGGUGUACCUGGGUAUGGCAUCCCCGGAGAGCAGGGACCACCCGGUCCUCCUGGCCCUCCUGGUUCUUCACGUCAACCUAUUGUAAAUGGCGACAUUAUCCCAAUAGAGGGUCCUCCAGGCCCAACAGGUGCCCCCGGUCAACCAGGUAGGUCAGGUGAACCCGGUGUACCUGGUAUAGUUGGACCAGUCGGACCUAGAGGGGAACGAGGGCAUCGAGGGCUCCCUGGCAGCUCUGGGGAUGGCACGUUGACGUCUUUUAGUUCCAUCAAUGAUAUGAUAAGACAUGCGGCUAGUCUGUCUCCAGGAACAAUUGCAUUUGUCUCGGAUGUGCAGGAGCUGUACUUGAGGAAAAACGAUGGAAUGACUCAAAUACUGCUCGGAGCUACAUUUAACCUUGACCCAGUGCCACCCACUACCACCUCACAAUCUUCCCCCACUACGGAAAGACUGAUUACUCUACCACCAACAAAACCCUCCCUUCCUGGACCUGAUAUCGCCCUCGGUGAUGAUCCAAUGUUAUACAUGUAUGCACUCAAUAAUCCAAUGACUGGUAGUGAACACAGUCGUGGAAGCCUCGGUGGUUUGAAUGGCGCUGACUACCACUGUUAUCAACAAGCCCAGCAGCAGCAGCUGAGAGGCACCUACAGAGCCUUCUUGUCAUCUAGAAUACAAGAUGUCAAAUCGGUCGUCAAUAAAGAAUAUCAUCACCUACCAGUAGCCAAUGCUAAGGGUGAAAUAAUGUUUAAUUCAUGGGAAGAGAUCUUCAAUGGCACAGAAGCGCCUUUUGACAACGAUAAGCACAUCUUCUCUUUUGAUGGCAAAGAUGUGAUGACAGAUAGAGAAUGGAAUAUGAAGUACGUAUGGCACGGUUCCUAUUCCAACGGGGCUCGCAUGACGGACAGCUAUUGUGAAGAAUGGCGUACUCGGGAUCACGAAGCCAGCGGUCAAGCCAGUCCAUUGGUCAAGCAUAAACUCCUCGGCCAGGAGCUCCAACUAUGCAGUGAAGCGCUAGCCGUACUAUGUGUGCAGAUAUCACCUCAAAAGUAGCACUGAUGUGAGAGCCUUUUUUUUGUAAUGAUUAUUUUUGUUGGUCCAUUUUUUAGUUAGUGUUGUACGGCAUUUAAAAAUAACAGAUAGAGCUUUGGUGCAUUGUCUUUCAGACGUGAGUAAAUUUAAGCAUGUCUUUUUAUUUAGAUAACAUCGACAUUCAGGGAACAGCGCCUCACACGAUACAUCUAGAAGAAAAAUGCUAAGCAUAAACAUGUCUGCUUAGUGUAAACAUGUUACCACCUUUAAUGUGAUAUGAUAUUAAGCUGUAGGGACCGGUACCCUGUGUUAUUUGCACUUGUGAAAUCAAACUUUUUAAGGAACGUCUUCUGCUUUGCAAGUUCAGGGGUUGAUUUCACAAAGUGUUAAGACUAUAUAUUUAUCUCGAGUUAGGACGAUUUACUUAGGACUCGCUGUAAGUUAUUAAUAUCUCCUAGGACUAGUCCUAAGUUUAUGGGACUAGUUCUAACUCUUUGUGAAAUGGACCCCAGGAAACUUAGUCCUUGGCUCGACUAAUCACACCUGGGCCCAAUUUCAUAGAGCUGCUUAAGCACAAAGCAAUUUUGCUAAGCACAAAGCAAUUUUGCUUACCAGACACUAUCCUGUCACAUGUCCCAUCCUGCUUGUUUUUGCAGAGCAGACAAUUAUUUGGCACUGUUGUCUGCUUUAUAAGGGACCUUCAUAAUUGGGACCUCAGGCUCAUUGUGCUUAAACUUUUAGACUGCUGUGUACCCACACACAUGCCUAUCCUGUCAGCUAUUUUAGGAGUCAAAACAUACACAAAGGAUUCAACUCCCAAAAUCCUACUGCUAGAUUGCACGUGUCUGCCUGUUCUUCAAUACUGGCAGACGUGCUGAUCUAGCUGUAGCUGUAGCCGAAGUUGCCGUUCAGGACACGGCCUUUAGUAGGUGAGUUCCGCGUCAUGCAAGGAGUCAAUGAAAGUACACUAUUUGUUCUCACUAUAACAUAUGCAGCAGACAUUAUACCAUGUAUUUUUUAACUGUAGAAAUAUCUAUGCAAUUAUAUCGGGUGCUACAAAUUGCCAAGGUAUCAAAUAACGUAUUGUAUUUUUUUCUCACGUACAUUUAAGUGGCUGCAGUUCAUGUUGAGGUUUUUAAUUAACAAUUCUUUACAUAGUUGUGAAUGUAAAAAAAAAAAUUAUGCACUUAUAUUUUCUUGCUUUUUAUUCGACAUUGCCGUUGGAAAAACUGGAGACCAAUCAUGCCAUAGACUUCCAGUUUCACCCUUUGUAUAGGGUUCUUAGCUAAUAUUUAUGGACUUUCUUGUAUUUAGUGUAACGGCCCCAGUGUCCAUAUAAAAGGCACUGGACACCUUUGGUAAUUGUCAAAGACCAGUAUUCUCACUUGGUGUAUCCUCACAUAAUGUGUAA